AGCCCUCUCUGUCGAGCAGCAGCAGCAGCAGCAGCAAUUCUUUAUAUAUAUUACAUUUGAAACAGAGAUAUAUUUGUAAUAAAAGCACCACGGCCCCAGCACCAGCGCCCGGCCACAACUGCAGCCGCACAGCUGAAUCACCAGCCAUGUCGACUCCUGGCUCCAGAUCCUACUUCCGCCCGGCCAGGAAGUCCCGCCCUCGGACAUCCGGACGGCCCGUCUCUCCCGCCCAACUCCAUGGUCAGUCAGCCCAGCCCGCUUCCGGUUCCUGCCAGGCAGAGGAGCCUCCAGGUGGGUCGGGAAUCAGAGGACGGUAGGGCUGGAAUGGGAUCCCCCAAAGGUCCUCUAGUCCAGCCCCCUGCAAUGCAGGGAUCCCAGCUAAAGCCUCCAUGGCAGGGGGCCACUCAAGCUCUGCCUAAAAGCCCCCAAGGAAGGAGAGUCCACCGCCUAAAUAGAAAAUAUAACAUAUUUUCAUGCCACUGCCAAGCAGAGAGUUAUUCCUGGGCUGGAAGCUCCUUCCUUGUGACUCGAAGUCUUGGGUUCGAGUCCUGCCCUCCAGAGCAGGAGAAAACAAGCUUGCUCCCUCUGCCAUGUCACAGCCCUUGAGAUAUUUGAAAGUGGCUCUCGUAUCCCCAGAUGAACCAUCCUUUAAUAAUAAUAAUAAUAAUAAUAAUAAUAAUAAUAAUAAUAAUAUAUUAUUUAUACCCUGCCCAUCUGGCUGGGUUUCCUCGGCCACUCUGGGCAGCUUCCAACAAAAUAUUAAAAUACAAUCGUCUGUUAAACAUUAAAAGCAUCCCUAAGCUCUUCUAAUGCAGAAAGAUUGGAAAUCUAAAUCUAAUAUAAGAAACGGUGUGAACUCUUUUUUUUCAUCAGAGGCUGUUUUUUAUUAGAUUUUGUGUGUGUGGCUGUAUUAUUUUUUUUGUAAUUGCGGGGUUGUUUUUUAAAAAUGUAACAUGUUUUAUUUUUUUUAAGUUAUGAUUUUCAAUUUUCUACCUUUCAAUAAUUUUACAGUCAUUUAAACGUUUCGAAACUUCCCCCUCUUUCUACGGUUCCUUAAUUAAAAAAAAUAUAUUUUCUGCAUAUUCCAAAUUAACUCAAGUUACUCCUUUGUUCAUCUACUUUAAAUACAUACCCUUAUAAAACUGCAGGGUUUGUAACGUGUUUUAAAUUGUUUGCAACCUUCCCUGGGACCUUGCAUGAAGAGUGGGUGGGAAUCGUAAUUAUUGCUAUUAUUAUUUUAAUUUAACAGUCAGUCAGAUGUCCACUCUCCCGUCUUUCGCUGUGCUGUUCACCGUGCUGGGACACCCAUGGGAGCCAGAGGUCCUUCCGAUAUCUUGGGCCUAAACCGUUUUUGCUCUUUUGCUCUAUUCUCUCAACUCCACUGAAUGAUAAAAAUGGGACCUUUUUUUUUGCCAGGAGCAUGGAUGGCAUUGUGUCAUCACAAAGUCGCCUGAGUUUGGAGCAAGUUGAGCCCGGGUUGCCCCUACAAAGCAUGGCUGCUGGCACAGAGAACCCUGCGAAGAAGAUGCUUCUUCCCUUCGCUGUGUGGCUUGGAAAUCCGGUAAGAUUACAACAGAGCGGAAUAUAUUAUUAUUAUUAUUAUUAUUAUUAUUAUUAUUAUUAUUAUUAUUUGUACCCUGCCCAUGCCCAUCUGGCUGGGCCUCCCCAGCCACUCUGGGUGGCUUCCAACAAAGAUUAAAAAUACAUUAAAAUGUCACACAUUAAAAACUUCCCUGAACAGGGCUGCCUUCAGAUGUCUUCUAUAUGUCAGAUAGUUGUUUGUUUCUUUGACAUCCACAGGGUGGGUGCCACCACCGAGAAGGCCCUCUGCCUGGUUCCCUGUAACUUGGCUUCUCGUAGGGAGGGAACCGCCAGAAGGCUCUCGGAGCUGGACCUCAGUGUCCGGGCAGAAUGAUGGGGGUGGAGACGCUCCUUCAGGUAUAUUGGAAGAUUGAAGCUCCUUGACAUCAGGCAGGAGACGGGUGCCACCACCGAGAAGGCCCUCUGCCUGGUUCCCUGUAGCCUUACUUCUCGCAGUGAGGGAACCACCAGAAGACCCUCAGCGCUGGACCUUAAUAUCCGGGCAGAACGAUGGGGGUGGAGACGCUCCUUCAGGUAUACAGGACCGAGGCCAUUUAGGGCUUUCAAGGUCAGCACCAGCACUUUGAUUUGUGCUCAGAAACGUACUGUGAGCCAAUGUAGGUCUUUCAAGACCAGUGUUAUGUGGUCUCGGCGGCCGCUCCCAGUCACCAGUCUAGCUGCCGCAUUCUGGAUUAAUUGCAGUUUCCGAGUCACCUUCAAAGGUAGCCCCACGUAGAGCGCAUUGCAGUAGUCCAAGCGGGAGAUAACUAGAGCAUGCACCACUCUGGCGAGACAGAACCUGUGCAAAAGCAAUUUUCGGUGUCUGGGCAUGCGCAGAAGCAGUUUUCGGUGCCGUGAACAUGUACAGAUGCGAUUUCCUGCGUCUGGGCAUGUGCAGAAGCGAUUUUCAGAGCCGUUGAAGAGAGUCCCUGCACCGCGCUGUGCUGGUUUAGCGUAGCGCACGGGGACUCACUGAGCAGGUGGCUCAGUUUGGGGUCGGCUCAUGGGCCGAUUAAGCGACCCUCUUGGGUCACAUCCGGCCCAUGGGCCUUAGGUUGCCGACCUCUGGGUUAUGCAGUCCAGCAGACACAUGGAGAGUUUGUCAUCAGGGCCGGAUUGAGGUUUGAUGAAGCCCUGUGCUACUGAAGGUAAUGGGGCCCUUUCUAUGCCCAGCUGUACUUUGCCAACAACAAUUUUUUGCUGUUUUUUGUGUUGAAUAUAUGCUAUAUGGUAAUUUGUGGACCUGAUAGGUAUCUAAAGCCAUUUGCACAUAACAAAUUAUGUAUUUUAUCAAAGUGAUUGUUGAACUGAAAUACAAUUAAGAAGAAGUAUAUUAAUAGUGAAAUACAACUUAGAAGAAGUAUAUUAAUAGUGAAAUAAUUAUUAAACUCUAACUUAAAAUGACUUUUUAAAUUCAUAACAAACUUAGUAAUGCAAACAAAAGUUCCUUUAGAAAUACAAUUUCCAAAGACUCAUAAUGUAGUCUCUAGAAACUUGCUAUGACAUGAAAUAAUACAAAGAAAUAAACUUAAGGUUACACCUGUAUGACUUCCCUCCACCUCAAUUCGACUUUCUUUAUAUAUUAGAAUCUUAUUAUCAUUGCGUCCCAUACAUAUUAUUCAUUCCAAUCCAAAAUUGAUUUUUUCAAUUGUCUCUUAAAAUCAAUUUACAUACUUAGUCUAUGCAUAUCAACAUAUUACCCCUAGAACAGUGUUUUAUUAUAUAGUCCUCAAAACACUGCCAUUCCAACCUGCGUUUCUGAUUUGUCUGGUGUCUUAUGGCUGCCGUUAAUUUAGCCAGGUCUAUGAAUUCACAUAGCUUGUUUAUCCAAUCUUCUUUUGUGGGGAUACUGUCUCCAUUCCAAAUUCUAGCAAAUACUAAUCUGGCUGCUGCUGUGGCAUAUAAAAAUAACUUUUUUUUAUCUUGUGGGAUGUCCUUUCCUAAAAUCCCUAGCAAAUAUGCUUCUGGCUUCUUUUCAAUGGAUAAUUGAAACUUCUUUUUUAACUCAUCGCGGACUCAUCCCCAGAAUUUUUUUUUAAGUUUUCUCACAGCUGCAGAUCUGAGGGUUUUAAUUUUACCAGAGGCUCUUGGCUUGCUAUCUUGAAAGUACCGUAUUUUUCGCACCAUAGGACGCACCGGACAAUAGGACGCACUUUGUUUUAGAGGGGGGAGAACAAGAAGAAAAUUCUCCCCUCUCUGCCCAGCGCCCUUCAGCGAAGUGGCAGGAGGCGCUGUGCAGAGAGGGGAGAACUUCCCCUCUUGUUUUCCCGCUCUAAAACAAGGUGCCGUUUAAGGUGCGUUCAGGCGGCUGACCUUGGAAGCCUGGAGAGCGAGAGGGGUCGGUGUGCACUGACCCCUCUCGCUCUCCAGGCUUCAGGUUCUCGACCUGCUCUUUGGGGCUGGCGGGGGGAAGCCCACCACCAGCCCCAAAGAGCAGGUCAGGGAGCAGCGGAAAGGCGCAGCGGAGAGGCUCCUGCCAUAGCCGUGCGUCACCUCUCCAGCCGGGAGAGGGUCGCGGGGCUAUGGCUUCUUUAGCCCCGCGCGCGCUCUCCCGGCUGGAGAGGUGACGCGCGGCUAUGGCAGGAGCCUCAAUAGCCGCGCGUCACCUCUCCAGCCGGGAGAGGGUCGCGGGGGGCUGCUUUAGCCCCGCGCGCGCUCUCCCGGCUGGAGACGUGACGCGCGGCUAUGGCAUGAGCCUCAAUAGCCGCGUCACCUCUCCAGCCGGGAGAGGGUCGCGGGGCUAUGGCGUCUUCGCUCCAUAGGACGCACACACAUUUUCCCUUCAUUUUUUAAGGGAAAAAAGUGCGUCCUAUAGAGCGAAAAAUACGAUAAUUGGUGACAUUAAAUUGUCUGAUAGUUUUAAUAUUGAGAGAAGAGAUAGCCAGGGAAAUGUUUUUUGAAUUCCUGUUCCACUAUGAAAUUUGUCCGCUUUCCUGAAGGAGUCUUGCCACUCUGUUUCACGCAUAAAAUGUUUUGUUUCCCCGCAGUGUGAGCGAGUUUCUUGCCCUUAUGAUCCUAACCACCAAAUGCCCAAAUCUUCCCUGGAGAAGCAUAUGGUGUCCUGUAGGCUGAGAAAACUGGAUUAUUCCAAAGAGGAGGAGGUAAUACUCUUUGCUAGUCUCCUUUUUGUGGGGAUUAUUCAUAUUCUAGAACGGGAGGGAAACUCCUUAGUUUUUCUCAAAAACAAUAGUCACUUCCUAUUUUUCAAACUUCUGAAGUUGCCACCCAGGGUGUGUUCUUCAGAAUAGGAUGAAAGAAAACCGAGUUUUUAAAAACUCGCAUGAGAUGAUGAUUAAAAUUCAAGCUCAGUUUGGAACUAAAUCUGAAUGUUAUACAAACUCUGCCUUUACUUUGGUCUCGUUUCUUGAGGAACCUGCUUUCUUCAAACAUUGAACUGAAGGUCGCUUUGCAAAGCAGAGGAAGAAGAACGCAUGGGGGGAAAUGUGCAACUUAGGUUCAGCAUAAUAAAUGGCAUAGUUAAAGUAAUGUGUUAGUAUUUAUUAAUGUACUAAUGUGUCUACUAGAGCCAAGAACUUUCAAAUCAGCACAAGCAUUCGGAUUUAGGAGGUGAUUUUGCAUUGUGUCGACUGGGUUUGAUUCAUUGACAAUAAUUUCUGAUCGAAUCCCACAGGCCUCUUCACCUUGGCCAUUUGCUUUCUCUACGCCUGACAGGCACGUAUAAGCAUUGUGGAACACAGGCCAGUUGCUUCAUCAGGCAUCCUCAGUACAUAAAGAUGAUAGGUAGCUUUGAUGUAGUUUAAUCUUUAGAUAGAUCUUAAGGGCCAGGAAGAGAGUUCACAAGAAGAUGGUAAAUACUACCCAUCCUGUCUCUCCUGUUUAUGACCUCCGGGGUUUUGCUGAAUGCAUUCCUCCUUUUAUUCCUAUUUUAUUUACUCUGGACUACUAUGCAUGCUCAAGUAGGAAAUAGUUUCUUUGUAGUUUUAACUUUAACUUUGUCCCACGUGGGUUUUUUUUAAAUGCUCAGAGGAAAUCUGAUUGGUUCUUACGAACACUGUGUAAAAAGUUCUUUUGUGAAUAAAACGACCUGGGCCGAGGGGUGAAGAGGAAUUAUUAUUAUACACACUCCUCCCAGAGUUUUGCUGGUCAAGCCUCCUGUGUAUUCUGUUAAUCAGAGUCCAAUCCUUCCUUGCUUUGGGAACGCUACAUACAAAUGAGGAGGACUGGAUUAGCCACAUUGGGGAGAGUGUUGAGUUCUGUUCCACUUCUGUAGCUGAGAGAAUAUCCACUGGUGACAAUCAUUGAUUACUGAGCGGCUUCAUCUUUUAUUUGCCUUUUGUCUUGCAGGCUGCAAUGUACGAUUCUGCUUUUUUCUUAGAGAAAGCAAAGAUCCCUCACGUGCAGAUGGGUGAGUGCGAAUGUGGCAGUGAAGAUAAAGUAAAAUAUUGCACAGCCGACAUGGUUCUUAUUGUAUGUUAGCAGAAUAAUCAAGCUCUGGGCCAGUGUGUCAGUGCAGCUGUGGACUGAAUGAGGGCCAAUAAACUGAGUUUGAAUCCUGGGGAAAUUGAGGGUCUGUGAGUAGGUGGUCUCUGUGCUUGAAAGAUAGGCCUAUUUCCUUGUUCUGGAUAGGUUGCUCUCCCCCUGAAAGGGCAGGUACAUAGCUUCGUGGUUCUCCUGGAUACAUCUGUGUCCUUAGAAGCCCAAAUGACCUCUGUGGGUAGGAGUCACAUUUAUAAAAACAGAUAUUUUUAUAAAUAAGACAAAUAGCUUAUCUGAAAUUUGGGUGCUAUGUUGUUCACUGAUUUUGUGAUCAUUUAGUCCAAGGAGCCUAGAAUAAUAAUAAUAAUAAUAAUAAUAAUAAUAAUAAUAAUAAAUUAAUUUAUACCCCGCCCAUCUGGCUGGGUUUCCCCAGCCACUCUGAGUGGCUUCCAACAAAGAUUAAAAAUACAUUAAAAUGUAUAUUAAAUAUUAAAGAAUAUUAAAGAUAUCCAUAGGGAAACAGGUCUAGAAAAUCUUUUUUUAUAUGCUGCAUAAUUAAAAUUUCUGAUCUCAGAAUGUGAAUGGCUUUUAAAACCGUGUCAGGUGCUGCUUAAUGUAUAUUGGGUAUUGCAGAUUGAAUCGUCUGUCUUUAGACUUCCAAGUGUCCUAAAUAUAGUUAGCAUUCUUAUAUGUCCUCCUUUAUUUUGCUGCAGACAAGAAUCUGCAAUUUGACAUCAUUAAACAAGCCAUUGCUAAAGAGAGUGGAAGUUAUGGUUCAGGUAAGUAGGGAUUUGGAAGUGACAAUCAUCCUUGGUUCCUAUUGGGUCUUGUCUGCUUGUAUGCAGGAGAAUGUUUUUAUACAGCGAUUUCUGGCUUUCCCAUUUUAUCUCCGUUUCUUGGAAUGCCCUGAAAACGCUUAUAUUCUUGAGGCUCAGUCAUUCCUUAUAUAAGCCUUCCCUUUUGGCUGACAUGCAGCCUGAUCUAUGGAAGCGAGCCAGAUUCUGAACCACCCAGCAUUAUUAGUUCUGCUAAAUGUACAUACAGUGGUACCUUGGUUCUCAAACGCCUUGGUUCCCAAACGUCAAAAACCCAGAAGUAAGUGUUCUGGUUUCCAAACGUUUUCCGGAAGCCAAACAUCCGAUGAGGCUGUCGGCUAUUAUUUCUGGGGCUCCUGCACCGAUCUGAAGCUGCGCCUUCGUUUUUAACAUUUCGGAAGUCAAGCGGACUUCCGGAACGGAUUAAGUUUGGCGCUUUCGUUUUCGCUCUUUAUUUUGCGUUUUUAUUUUGGGAGCUUUUUUGGUUGAUUUGUUUUUGUGACUGUGUGGAACCCAGUUCAGCUACAGAUUGAUUGAUUGUGUGACUGUGGAAAUGGAUAAAAGCCCCCCAUCCAAACAAUGACUCUCAUCAGAGCAAGUAAGUAAGAAAGUUAAUUUUAAUUUUAAUCAUCUACAGUACUGUCUUAUUUUAUGGUACUGUACAUUGAUUCUUGUGUCACGAGUUCCAUGUGUUCUUCACAGCCCUCCGCUUCAGAUCAUGUGUCUGUUUUGAAUGCUCCAGGUACCUAUUCCUUCCUGCCCGUCGAAGUCCCACAGAACCACAAGCGCUACGUCUGCGACCUGACCCAAGCCGACCGCCUGGCCAUUUACGAUUACGUCCUCGCUGAAACGAAGAAGCAGAGGUCGAGAUCCCAGCUGGCAGAAAACGACAGCGAUCUCUUCGUAGACCUGGCAGCAAAAGUCAACCAAGGUCAGGGGGAAACCGUUACAGCUGUACUCUGCGUGACAUUUGAAAGUCACAAAAGGUGGGGUUGGAUUUGGUACGCUUUUGCUCAGGCAGGUUCCCCUGAUUGAAUUAGAUCUCUCCACCUACAGUCGAGUCGUUUACCUUAUCUCGGUCUUUUUGAAGUUGUAUUUUCUUUCAUUUCCCCCAGUGAUAUUUGUAGGAAUAACGGAGACGGCAGGAGGUUGGAUGCAGGUGAGCUGUGCGUGAGCAAGCUGGCAAGCAUUCUCCAAGCAAGCUGCCAUCUAGCUCGGCCGCGGCUCCUUUUAUUAGCAGAAGUCAAAAAUUGGAAACAGUAGUGAAACCGCCCUGAACUUAAUGUAUUUCCAUCUAAGCACAUUUCCAGCAUUAGCAAAUACACGUGUUAGCAGGUGUUUCCCUGAGAUGUUCCCCCCAAUACUCGAUUACGUCUGCGUCCCCCGCCAUGCUCCAGCCAAGCGAUAUGUCUAACAAACAAAUUGAAAAGAGAAGAAGAUAGUAAAUUGAAGGAGUUAAUUUUAUUAGAAAGGGGAUUUUGGAAAACUGUUACAAGGUGAUAGAAUGAAAUUCAGUUAGAGGGGAUUUGAGGAAGUCAGAUAACAAUGAAAGUUAAAAUGGGUUCUAGAAGUAAUAAGUGCUUAUAUUUUUAUUUUUAUUUUCUUUUAGUAUUGUAAUGUGCUUUCUUUUGUGUGUAUUAUAUGUUAUAUUUGUCAUAAAUGUGGAAAAUCAACAAAAAAUUUUUUUAAAAAAAAAUUGUGAGAGGACAAAAGGUCAGGGGGAAAACCCUGUUUUCAAGCCAAGGGGGCAAAAGGUCAGGGAAAGCAGGUGCAAUGUUCCUUGACAUAUUGUUGCACGUCUGGUGCGAGGUUUGCCUUCGCAAAGCGGAGCGUUACCUCCACAGAUAUUGUACACCAUCUGUGAAUUAAAGCUGAUGUUUCUAAUGCAAUAAAAUAACCUCUUCUUCUUUUGACUUCAGAUGACGGUCAGAAAGGUCCAAAAUCCCACCUUGAAAUUCUCGCAGAGAUGCGGGAUUAUAAAAGACGACGUCAGUCCUACAGAGCGAAGAAUGUCCACAUUACCAAGAAAUCCUACACAGAGGUGAGUUCCGGGGAGAUGGGGAGACGGUGGGUAUCCUUGCAGGAAUCAAAACACUUCUCAGUUGGCACAAAACAUCCAAGUUACAGGGAACCAGGCAGAGGGCCUUCUCGGUGGUGGCGCCCGCCCUGUGGAACGCCCUCCCACCAGAUGUCAAAGAGAACAACAACUACUAAACUUUUAGAAGACAUUUGAAGGCAGCCCUGUUUGGGGAAGCUUUUAAUGUUUGAUGUAUUACUGUAUUUUAAUAUUUGGUUGGAAGCCGCCCACAGUGGCUGGGGAAGCUCAGCCAAAUGGGCGGGGUAUAAAAAAUAAUUUUUUAUUUAUUAAACGCAAGUGGUUUAUGAUUUCUAGUAUACCCAAUGUUUUAGGCUGAGCUGCCUUAUAAAUGUGCAUUUUAAGGAAGCGUCCGAUCACCUUACUGUUUGGCAAGCUCUCCUGCCCAGCUGAGAUUUCACUGUUUGCCUGAUUUCCACUCCUGUCUGUGGACCCUGCCCAGGUGAUCAGGGAUGUGAUUGGCGUGCACAUGGAGGAGCUUGCCGCUCACUGGCAGGAGGAGAACAGGAACGCAGAAUCUUGCGAAGACGAAAACUCCUCUAAGUCUGCAGGGAGGUAAGAACCGUCGCUACAAAACACUCGCGGGGACACUUGUACCUUGUGAACUGAUGCAAAUGGUCUUAGGAUUGCAGCUUUGCCAGGUCAACUCUGGAAUACAGGAAUUGUACGAGCUGGAAGGGAGUCAAAUUACACGGAAGGAGAUUCCAAUUAACCUGAAAAAGAACUUUCUGACACUAAGAGCUGUUUGACCCCCUCAGUGUCAGGAGCUCAGCCUACGCUCGAGUAGGACUCUGGCAGAGACACAUGCCCGACUGGCGUGUUCCCUCCCUCCUGGUCGAUCGUUCGGGAACUUCAAAAGCUUUCUUCAGCCUGAACAUCACAGCGACCGAUGCCCACAGACAUUGGCACAUUUAGGGACCCGCAGAGUUUGCGCAGCUGCGUAACAGACCUCGGCAACUCAGCAUUUUGGCUAAUCUACUUUAUUUACAUAUAAACACACACGGAGCACUGCAACAUGGCUCCCUCUCUCUCUAGCAUCAGACAGCAAAGAGAAAAAGAACAAAGGACAAUAGUCCCACUUCACAGAACACAGUAAACAUCCUGUCUCCGUCACUUCCCACUCUGUGGAGUCAAAACAUAUACCGUCAUGUGAUAGACAAAAAUCCCAUGACUGCAGUCAUGGAGCAGGAAUUCUAACACUCAGAAGGUGGAACACUUUCCCUCAGAGCUUUUAAAACAGAGGUUGGGUGGCCAUCCAUCAGGAAUGCUUUAGCUGUAAUUCCUGCAUUGCUGGGGGUUGCGCAAGAUCAGGGGUCGGCAAGGUUUUUGUGGCUUGGGCCCGUUCACGGUCCCGCAGACGCCACGGUGGGCCGGACUGCGCGCACACACGCAUGCGCAAACGCUCCUUUCGGCGCGGAGGAGGCGUGUGCAGCUUCCCAUUGGCUGCAGGAGCUUCCUGCAGCCAAUGGGAAGCUGGCCAGCGUCACGGAAGGCGGUCCCUGCUCUGCUCCGCACCGGUUUAGUGUGGCGCACGGGAGGCAACCCCCCCCAUCGGGCGGCGCGGGUCCAGGGGCCGGUUAAACUGUUGGGAAAAUGCCCACCCAGAAGGCUUGCCAGCUCCCAGAUCCACCAGGGCAUUUAUCAGGAGGUCGUUCUCUGGCUGGAACCCAGGAAUCCUCCUCAGUCCAGAGAGGCCAUUAAUAAGUGACUCCUCCCUUUUGAGAGAAGCACACUCACUUUCUCCUGGCAAUCCAUCACAGAAGAAAGAGGCAGUCUGUAGUCUCCAGCUACUUUAUUCGACUGUACACACAAACACACAUGUCUGCGCUCUCUGAGCAGUCCAGCCUCAGAGUCUGUGACUCAACACUGCUUCAAUCCAGAAGCGGAAGACCUAACUCUAACUCCACCCCAGUUACACUCAGGACUGUCUGAGAACUGGCUCAGACUUCCUUUCUCACGCUGAGAGACAUCACCUGAUGCCAACAACCUUGCUGCUCUUGCUACUUCCUGGCAGCUUGUGGGAACUGAAAUCCCAACAUAAACGACCCCCAUAGGCCCUUGUGGCCCAUGGGCCUUAGGUUGCUGACCCCUGCGCAAGUUGACCCUCGGUGUCCCUUCCAACUCUACAGUUCUGAUAUUCUAUCUCUAGGAGUUCAGGGACUUUUAGGAGUCUUCCAGAAAUCAUCUGUGCUGCCCCUUCUUUGUGCACUAAUGCCCCACCGUUUCAUGAAUCCCUUAGCUGAUUUCUCCCCCAUUUCUCCUUAAAUGCUAAAUUCUCUAGGGCUGCCUUGUACAAUCUUAUUUACAACUUUCCUGUCUUCCACAGCGAGUGGCAAACACAAGAUUGUGCAGCAAAAAUGUUCUCCUCCUCUUCCCACUAAAUCCCCCAUUGUGAUUUGAGGGAUAUACCAUGCUGGUGAAAAUGGCUUGGGGCUCAUAUGUUGUGCCAGGGGAAAAAUCUCUCUCCCGUUGUAAGGAGGUGUUUUGCAAUUUUUCAGAGGAAGACAAGGCUGCAGUAUUUUGCAAACGUGAUUGUUAACCAAGUCAGCAUCUUUUCCAGAUUAUUAAUUACUGACUUGCUGACCAUACAAAAACAGACAUAGCAGUUUAUUUCCCCUAAAUUAAAUGAUCUGUACUCUAAUAAAGCAAUUAUGCACCCGCGCUCUUUAUUAGAAAAGAAGAGCGAAGAUCUACCUCGGCUGACUCAAGACAGUCUAGUGGAAGUUCAAAGGAUGCUGAUUCUUCUCGCCAUAAGAGGAAUUCCAGCCGAAGUCCGGGCAAACGGAAAAGGAGUCGGGGAAGAGAGAGAGGCAAGGAGUCCCGAAGGAAAAAAGCGAGGCGAGUACUUCCCUUGGUCUCUUGACUUCCAGUGAUUGGCACCGUGUUCAUCAAACAUUAUAUCAAGGUUCAGCUGAAUGUGCCACAGAGUGGCUUGCAAAUACAUGCAACCCGCAGAGGACCUUAAGGUCCAUGAAUAACCAUAGUUUAGAGGUCCCGGGCCCUAAGGAAGUCAGACUAUCCUCCACCAGGGCCUUCUCAGUGAUGGCUCCGACCUGGUGGAAUGCUCUGUCCCAGGAGACCAGGGCCAUGCAGGAUUUAACCUCCUUCCGUCAGGCCUAUUCCACCUGGCCUUUAAUUUGAAUUCAGCCUGAUCUUUUAUUUCCCUUCCCUUCUCUUCCCUCCCCCUCCCCUUUUAUGAAGAUCACCCGCUCUGAGACCCCACAGCUAAUUCUCCCCUGGUCUCCUCGCUGGCCCAAGUAGGACCAAUUCAACCAGCUAGCCCUGGGGAUUAUCUAAUUGAUUUCUGAACUUUGAAUUUUAUUGUUAUUCAUGUUUUUAUACUGCAUUUUAUGCUGCUUUUAUAAUUAAGUGUUUUAAAUUUGUUGUUAGCCACCCUGAGCCUGGUUUUUGAACCGGGAAGGGCGGGGUAUAAAUAAAAAAUUAUUAUUAUUAUUGUUAUUAUCUCACAUGAGGGUUUGGUUCCUGGGAUCCACACGUAAAUGCAAAAAUUCAUGAAGCCAAGAACCCCUGGAUCUGGCUCCCCAAUCCUUGCAAGGUAGAGAUAUGCUUACCCAAUUUCGGGGAAGGAGAUGCAAGGGCUCUGGGACGCUGUUAGAGCUCUUGCACCGUCUUCCCUAAGCUGGGUAAGUUUGCAAUUGCAGGGAGAAUAAAUAAAUGGAGAGUGGAUUUUCUCCAGUCUUCCUUCCUUCCUUCCUUCCUUCAUUCCACCCACACAAAGCUGAGAUUGCAUAUGUCAAAUAAGCAUAAGAUGCGAGUUACCUGUCACACCGUCUAUUGCUUAAGCACUGCUUAAAUCCCCAGACCUAACCCAACAGUUUCGCCCGACAGCUGGGGUUUUGUUCGUUCAGAUACUCUUUAUUUUACCCCUCCUAGACUUGUCUGUAACAUCUGCACAGCUCUUCAAGGGCUAAGGCACAUGUUAUGCACUUUAUUGCACUAUCCUAAAUAUGUGCAAGGGACGCGGGUGGCGCUGUGGGUUAAACCACAGAGCCUAGGACUUGCCGAUCAGAAGGUCGGCGGUUUGAAUCCCUGCGACGGGGUGAGCUCCCGUUGCUCAGUCCCUGCUCCUGCCAACCUAGCAGUUCGAAAGCACGUCAAAGUGCAAGUAGAUAAAUAGGUACCGCUCCGGCGGGAAGGUAAAUGGUGUUUCCGUGCGCUGCUCUGGUUCGCCAGAAGCGGCUUAGUCAUGCUUGCCACAUGACCCGGAAGCUGUAUGCCGGCUCCCUCGGCCAGUAAAGCGAGAUGAGCACCGCAACCCCAGAGUCGGCCACGACUGGACCUAAUGGUCAGGGGUCCCUUUACCUUUACCUUUCAAAUACAUGUACCUAUCUCGUGUGUGUGUCUCAAAAUUUUGUACACCAUGCUCCAGCCGUAAGUUGUUGUUGUUAAUGUAUUUAUUACCUGACCUUCAUCCCAAGGUUCCAGGGCAGGUUGCAACAAGAAAAACAACAUUAAAAAUAAUUCAAAGCAAGUUUGCCCUAUUAGAGAAAAAUACCAUAUUCUCUCUCUCUAAGGUGCAAACAGCAAUUUGUGUAGGAAUUGGGAGCGAUUUUCUAAAUGGCAUAGGUGUCAAAGAGUUUAAAGCUUACCUCCAUGCAGCCGAAAGCAAGUUCAAAUUCCUGCAGUUGCAAUUGGGUUAAAAUGGAUUUUCUGUGUGAUAUGUAGCUUGGCCUAAGAAUAGCCAAAAAGGGAAUACCCAUACCUAAAAUAUCUUACUAACAGAAUAUUUACAGUUGUUGGGUGGAGUUUGUGUGAUGCAAGAGUAACAAGGAAUGGAAGUGGAGGCGGUGCUGUGUAUCUCAGCUUCAUCUCAAUGGGGAUGAGGAUAGAAAGGUUGAGCCACAGUCCUCAUGGAAAAUAAGGGUAGAUUUCUGUGGGAUUUGGGUCGCUUUGUAUCGGGAGUGCUAAAGACUUACAUAAUGGUGUUUUUCGUUUUCUUUCAGACAUGAAGGCAAGCAUCGCAGUCACAAAAGGAAAAAAUGAAACCUGUGUAGUAAAAGUCUGUCGGCAGUGCCAAUUAUAGAAGUCAAGCUGUGCUCUGUCAAUUGUUUCAUCCAUUAAUAAAUGCCGUGCAAAAAUUCCCUUUUCCAGUUUAGCUUCCUUUACUGAGGAGUAAUGGGAGCGAGAUGCAAAGGUUACUGUUUGGUCAGACAGAAUGGUGUUUAUUUUAUUUUUAUUUCUUUUAUUAAAGAUUUUCCUGAUUUACAAAA